AUGCGUUCCCUGAUUCUGGUCUCCCUCCUACUAAUUGGCCUGGCCUGGGCCUUCCCGGACCUAGAUGGCUCUCCGACUAGUCCUGCCCCUGGCAACGACACCUCCGAGGAGGACCUCAUUCCGGCCUUCGCGCCCUUCAGCCGGACAGACGGCCGGUUUGCACUGGGCACCUUUGCGAAGGUGAAUUGGUUCCAGGCCCAGGCCAACUGCGCCGCCUUCGGCUACACCCUGGUCAGCAUCCCCACGGAGCAGGAUCAGCGCGCCCUGCGCAGUUUCCUCUACACCGUCGCCCGGGACCAGCAGGACCUGCUUGUCGAUCCCCUCUGGACCUCCGGCACCGACCUGGCCAACACCGACUCCUGGGUGUGGUUCAGCAAGGGACGCGCCGUCAACUACCGCAACUUCCGGAACGGACUGCCCGGCUACUCCAGCGAUAACCGCCACUGCCUGGGCAUCAACGGAAUCACCGGGCUCUGGGAGAACGAGGAGUGCAACGAGCAGCGCUUCUUUGUCUGCGAGAAGCGUUGCCAGUUCGACGAUGACGCCAACUAUUAAGGGGUUCCUCUUCUUGAUACAAUAAAAUAUCAAAGAAUUAAGUGCAAGCAAAUAAAACAGAACAAUUGUUUUUAA